UUCUGUGAUCAUGCUUGAGUUGCCAGCAUACAAUUUAUGGAUCUAUGAAUUUACAGAAUACCACAUAUUAAGAAAUGCAUGAAAAAUACUAUUAAUACAGUUUGAAAUGUUACAAGUGGCAAUUCAUAAUUUGUAAUGGUAAACAGUAGGCCUAUGUCAUGUCUCCAGUUUAUAGCAUAAUCAGGAAUGACAUUAAGAUAAGUAUGGCUUAAUACUAUCAGCUAAUUUUUAGGCCUGUACUUGGAAAUUAGACUGUAAUAAAUAUUACUUAUGGUGGUCUUCAAUUAUUUUGCAUCAUUUUUGCUGUUCUUUCUGUGCCCCACAUCAUGCAUUAGUUAUGGAAUAAAAAAGAAAAGCAAAGGUUGAAACCAGAAGGAAGGUUGUGUCUUAUAACAAUUUAUCGUUUGUAUCUUUACAGAGAGGGCAGAUGGCAACACCUAAACAGAUCAUCUUCAGAACUUUAGAGAAUCUGGGAGAUGAGGACUUUCAAAAAUUCAAGUGGCACCUUCAGGGAGCCCUGGAGGGCUUCCCAGCAAUCCCAAAAUGUCGACUGGAGAAAGCAAACAGGAUGGACACAGUGGAUCAGAUGGUGCAGACCUACUGUAUAAACACCACCAAAGUGACCAGAAUGGUUUUGGGGGAGAUUAAUCAGAAUGAUCUGCGGGAUCAAUUAUCAAACACCAUCUCAGAACCUUCAGAGAUUCUCUCUGAGUGCCAGCUCAAACUCAAAACCAACCUGAAGAAGAGGUUCCAAUGUGUGUUUGAGAAAAUCACAAAAGCAAGUAGUUCAAAACCUCUACAUGAGAUCUACACUGAGAUCUACAUCAUGAUGGAAGAAACGGGAGAGGUCAACAUGGAACAUGAGGUCAGACAGAUUGAAACAGCAACCUGGAAACCACCAACACUGGAAACAUCAAUCAGAUGUGAGGACAUCUUUAAAGCCAUAACUGGAGGAGAUGAUCCAGUCAGAGCAGUGUUGACACAGGGAGUGGCUGGCAUCGGGAAAACAGUCUUAACACAGAAGUUCACUCUGGACUGGGCUGAAGACAAAGCCAACCAGGACAUACAGUUCACAUUUCCAUUCACUUUCAGAGAGCUGAACGUGCUGACAGAGAAAAAGUUCAGCUUGGUGGAACUUGUUCAUCACUUCUUCACUGAAACCAAAGAAGCAGGAAUCUGCAGGUUUGAAGAGUUCCAGGUUGUGUUCAUCUUUGACGGUCUGGAUGAGUGUCGACUUCCUCUGGACUUCCACAACACUGAGAUCCUGACUGAUGUUAGAGAGUCCACCUCAGUGGAUGUGCUGCUGACAAACCUCAUCAGGGGGAAACUGCUUCCCUCUGCUCGCCUCUGGAUAACCACACGACCUGCAGCAGCCAAUCAGAUCCCUCGUGACUGUGUUGCCAUGGUGACAGAGGUCAGAGGGUUCACUGACCCACAGAAGGAGGAGUACUUCAGGAAGAAAUUCAGAGAUGAGGAGCAGGCCAGCAGAAUCAUCUCCCACAUCAAGACAUCACGAAGCCUCCACAUCAUGUGCCACAUCCCAGUCUUCUGCUGGAUCACUGCUACAGCUCUGGAGAACAUGUUUAAUGUGAGAGAGGGAGGAGAGCUGCCCAAGACUCUGACUCAGAUGUACAUCCACUUUCUGGUGGUUCAGUCCAAAGUGAAGAAUGUCAAAUAUGAUGGAAAAUCUGAGAGAGAUCCACACUGGACCCCAGAGAGCAAGAAAAUGAUUGAGUCUCUGGGAAAACUGGCUUUUGAGCAGCUGCAGAAAGGAAACCUGAUCUUCUAUGAAUCAGACCUGACAGAGUGUGGCAUCGAUAUCAGAGCAGCCUCAGUGUACUCAGGAGUGUUCACAGAGAUCUUUAAAGAGGAGAGUGGACUGUACCAGGACAAGGUGUUCUGCUUCAUCCAUCUGAGUGUUCAGGAGUUUCUGGCUGCUUUUCAUGUCCAUCUGACAUUCAUCAACUCUGAAGUCAAUCUGCUGGCAGAACCAACAUGGUGGUCUAAACUAUUUAGGAGUAAAUCUAAACCUACUCAUCUCUACCAGAGUGCUGUGGACAAGGCCUUACAGAGUCCAAAUGGACACCUGGACUUGUUUCUCCGCUUCCUCCUGGGUCUUUCCCUGGAGACCAAUCAGAAUCUCCUACGAGGUCUGCUGACAAAGACCAGAACAAUCUCAGAAAACAAACAGGAAACAGUUGAGUAUAUCAAGAAGAAGAUCAGUGAUAAUCUGUCUCCAGAGAGAAGCAUCAAUCUGUUCCACUGUCUGAAUGAACUGAAUGAUGGUUCUCUAGUGGAGGAGAUCCAACAGUACCUGAGUUCAGGAAGUCUCUCCACAGAUAAACUGUCUCCUGCUCAGUGGUCAGCUCUGGUCUUCAUCUUACUGUCAUCGAAAAAUGAUCUCUGCAUGUUUCACCUGAAGAAAUACUCUGCUUCAGAGGAAGCUCUUCUGAGGCUGCUGCCAGUGGUCAAAGCCUCCAACAAAGCUCAGCUGAGUGGCUGUAAUCUGUCAGAGAGAAGCUGUGAAGCUCUGUCCUCAGUUCUAAGCUCCCAGUUCUCUAGUCUGAGAGAGCUGGACCUGAGUAACAAUGACCUGCAGGAUUCAGGAGUGAAGCUGCUGUCAUCAGGACUGAAGAGUCCACACUGUGAACUGGAAACUCUCAGGCUGAGUGACUGUAACCUGUUAAAGAGAAGCUGUGAAGCUCUGUCUUCAGUUCUCAGCUCCCAGUCCUCUAGUCUGAAAGAGCUGGACCUGAGUAAAAACAACCUGCAGGAUUCAGGAGUGAAGCAGCUGUCUUCUGGAUUGGAAAGUCAAUGCUGUAAACUGGAAACUCUCAGACUGUCAGGUUGUCUGAUCACAGAGGAAGGCUGUUCUUCUCUGGCCUCAGCUCUGAGCUCCAACCCUUCUCAUCUGAGAGAGCUGGACCUGAGCUACAAUCAUCCAGGAGACUCUGGAGUGAAGCUUCUGACUGCUGGAGUGGAGGAUCCAGACUGGAGACUGGAAACCCUCAGGCUGGACCAUGGUGGAGAACAGAGACUGAAACCUGGUCUGAAGAAGUAUUUCUGUGAACUCACAGUCGACACAAACACAGUGAACAGAAAACUCAAACUGUCUGACAACAACAAGAAAGUGACAUAUGUGAGAGAGAAGCAGCCAUAUCCUGAUCAUCCAGAGAGAUUUGACUACUGGUCUCAGCUGCUGUGUAGAACUGGUCUGACUGGUUGCUCUUACUGGGAGGUCGAGUGGAGAGGAUGGGUUUACAUAGCAGUGACUUACAGGGUAAUCAGAACAGAUUGUUUGUUUGGAUGGAACGAUCAGUCCUGGAGUCUGGACUGUUCUGAUCGUGGUUAUUUUGUCUGGCACAAUAACAGAAGAACAGUCCUCCCUAUCUCCUCCUCCUCCUCCUCCUCCUCCUCUGGUAGAGUAGCAGUGUAUGUGGACUGUCCUGCUGGCAUUCUGUCCUUCUACAGAGUCUCCUCUGACUCACUGAUCCACCUCCACACCUUCAACACCACAUUCACUGAACCUCUUUAUCCUGGGUUUGGGUUGGUUGACUUCCGUUCCUCAGUGUUUCUGUGUUCAGUGUAGGAGGAAGAGUCUCCUCCUGUGAACACAAACACAGUACUGGCUGAAGACGACUGCUGAAAUAUGUCCUCUGUGAGACACAAACCACUUCAGUUUAUAUUGUUUCACUUUGGGAUUCAUUUUGUUGUGAUGAAACGAGUCGUGGUCAAACAUCCUCAUUUGGUUUUGUCAUCAGAACUCAGUGACUCAGCUGUUGAGCUCUCAUAUGUAUCUUCUUAUUGUGACAGAUAUAAAUUGUGUCCAGCUCGUCUGAUUUGACCUGUCUGUUGGCCCAUCAGCUCCUGCUGUUAAAGUGGGAAAAUGCCAACAGGUAAAUAAGAGAUCAUCUCAUUUUCCAUAAGAGAAACUGUGACCACUGGAGGGCAGACAUGUCAGGUACUCUACUGAAGUUUCUGUUAUUAGGAUACUUCUUCUCUAUAGAACUUCAAUAAAGAGAGUCAGAUCAGGGAGAACAUCAUGUUUUGUUGCUGUCGCCACCAACUCAGCUGGAAAAUGUCCCAACCUCUCGUUAAAAAUAUCCAGCGCUUUCAUGCUCACAGACGUGGAAACGCAGACAUGAACUAUGGUCUCUGACUUCACAGAGCUGCAAAACCAGCAUCCCCUCCACCUCCUGACAUGAUAGUCAGUUCAG